CCAAAGGCUGGGGUUCUUCCUGGCCCCUCCUUCACCCCUCCAACUCAGCCCUGACAUGGCCCACACAAGGGAAGGGCACCGGCCAGGAGGGGAGGAGCUGAUCUUUCCAGAAAGAUCCUCGGGGCAGAGUCCAGGCCGCUCCCGGCUCCUCGGCACACGCCCGCUGAACCCUGAGUCCCCCGCGCCGCCCGCAUGGGGCCGGCCCGGGCCUCCGCCAUGAUCCCGGGCCUGGCCCUGCUCUGGGCAGUGGGGCUGGGGAGGGCCGUCCCCAGCCCCCCAAGACUGCGGCUCUCCUUUCAAGAGCUCCAGGCCCGGCACAGCCUCCGGACGUUCCGUCUGGCGCGGACUUGCUGCUACGAGGCCCUGCUGGUGGACGAGGAGCGUGGACGCGUGUUCGUGGGGGCCGAGAACCACGUGGUCUCCCUCAGCCUGGACAACAUCAGCAAACGGGCCAAGAAGCUGGCCUGGCCCGCACCCGUCGAGUGGAGAGAAGAGUGCAACUGGGCUGGGAAGGACAUCAGCACGGAGUGCAUGAACUUCGUGAAGGUGCUGCACGCCUACAACCACACGCACUUGCUCGCCUGCGGCACGGGCGCUUUCCACCCCACCUGCGCCUUCGUGGAGGUGGGCCACCGGCCCGAGGAACCCCUGCUCCGGCUAGAAAGCAGAUUCGAAGAUGGCAAGGGAAAGAGUCCUUAUGACCCGAGGCACCGGGCUGCGUCCAUCUUGGUGGGGGGAGAGCUGUAUUCGGGGGUGGCCGCCGACCUCAUGGGCCGCGACUUCACCAUCUUUCGCAGCCUGGGCCAGCGUCCGAGUCUCCGAACAGAGCCCCAUGACUCCCGCUGGCUCAAUGAGCCCAAGUUUGUCAAGGUCUUCUGGAUCCCGGAGAGCGAGAACCCGGACGACGACAAGAUCUACUUCUUCUUCCGCGAGGCGGCCGUGGAGGCGGCGCCCGCCGCGGGCCGCGUGACGGUGUCCCGCGUGGGGCAGAUCUGCCGGAACGACAUGGGCGGGCAGCGCGGGCUGCUGGGCAGGUGGACGACGUUCCUGAAGGCCCGGCUGGUGUGCGCGCUCCCCGGGGCGGAGGGGGACUCGCACUUCGACCAGCUCCAGGACGCGUUCCUGCUCCCCGCGCGGGACCGGCGCGCCCCGCUGCUCUACGCCAUCUUCUCCACUUCCAGCGGCCUCUUCCGGGGCUCCGCCGUGUGCGUGUACAGCAUGGACGACGUGCGCCGCGCCUUCCUGGGGCCCUUCGCGCACAAGGAGGGGCCCACGCACCAGUGGGCGCCCUACCAGGGCCGCGUCCCCUACCCGCGGCCCGGCACGUGCCCCAGCAAGACCUUCGGCACCUUCGGCUCCACCGCGGACCUCCCCGAGGACGUCCUGCGGUUCGCCCGGGGCCACCCGCUCAUGCACCAGCCCGUGCUGCCCGCGGGCGGCCGCCCGCUCUUCCUGCAAGUGGGGGCCGAGCACACGUUCACGCGGCUCGCCGUGGACCGCGUGGCGGCCGCCGACGGGCACUACGACGUCCUCUUCAUCGGCACAGACGUGGGCACCGUGCUGAAGGUGAUCUCGGUCCCCAAGGGCGGCUGGCCCAGCUCGGAGGGGCUGCUCCUGGAGGAGCUGCACGUGUUUGAGGACUCGGCGGCCGUCACCAGCCUGCAGAUCUCCCCCAAGAGGCAACAGCUGUACGUCGCCUCCCGGAGCGCCGUGGCCCAGGUCGCCCUGCACCGCUGUGCGGCCCACGGCCGCGCCUGUGCCGAGUGCUGCCUGGCCCGCGACCCUUACUGUGCGUGGGACGGGAUGGCCUGCACCCGCUUCCAGCCCACGGCCAAGAGGCGGUUCCGGCGACAAGAUGUAAGAAAUGGUGACCCCAGCACGCUGUGCUCCGGGGACGCCUCCCGCCCCGCGCCCCCGGAGCAGAAGGUCUUCGGCGUGGAGGGCGGCAGCGCGUUCCUCGAGUGCGAGCCGCGCUCGCUGCAGGCCCGCGUGGAGUGGACCUUCCAGCGCGCGGGGGAGGCGGCCUCGGUCCAGGUGCCGGCGGGGCCCCGCGCGGAGCGCACGGCGCGGGGGCUGCUGCUGCGCGGGCUGCGGCGCCAGGACGCGGGCGCCUACCGCUGCGCCGCGGUGGAGCUCGGCUUCUCGCAGCCGCUGCGCCGCCUGGCGCUGCACGUGCUGGGCGCCGCGCAGGCCGAGCGGCUGGCGCGGGCCGAGGACCCCGCGCCGCCCCCCGCCGCCCCGGGCCCCAAGCUCUGGUACCGGGACUUCCUGCAGCUGGUGGAGCCGGGCGGCGGCGGCGGGGGCGCGAGCUCGCUGCGCAUGUGCCGCCCGCCGCCGCCGCCCCCGCGCGCCCCGCGCGCCCCCCGCCGCAUGCGGGCCUCCGAGCCCCGCGCCGAGCGCGGCCCGCGCAGCGCGGCCCACUGGUGACCGCGCCCGGCCCGGCGCCAGCACGAAAGACUCGG